AUGCUGCUGAUUUGCAUCUUCUCCAUUAUUUACCUAGUUCAAAGCAAGGAAGAUUGCGAUAGGUCGACUAGAGAAGACCGUUGUGGUGAAAUUUUCAGAAACCUAACCGACUGUAAUAAAGAUUCCUACAGAACGCAGCUAAUGGAUUGCUUGGUAACCUGUGGGAAAUGCGGAGCAUAUUCGUGCAAUAAUCCACAGCCGGACACGGUACUCAAUUGCACAUCUCUAGCAUCUCAGUGCCAUUCGAAAAUCUGGGGCAAUUUUAUGAAGGACAAGUGCCCUUCUACCUGUGGAAAAUGUGACCUAAAAAAUGCAAAUCUCUGCAAAGAUGCAAGCAAUAGUGCUAUUUGCUCAACUAUGGUGCAAUUUUGUAAUUCUGUCGAUUACUACGAUAGAAUGACAGAACAGUGCGCUUCAACGUGCAAUCGCUGCCCGGCCACUGGUGAUGGAGGCGGACCUAAUAUUACGGUCACUUGCGUGGAUUACGCAAGAGAUUGUGCAACACGCACAGCUUUAUGCAAUAAUCCCCAAUACGAAGGACUAAUGCAUCGUGCUUGUGCGAAAACUUGCAAUAAAUGCGGAGGAUGCUAUGAUUAUAGCAGCAAAUGCCCACUAUGGGCUUCUCGCGGAUUCUGUUCUAAAAGCGAUCAAAACGUGAAAAGAAGAUACUGUGCAAAAACUUGUAUGCUUUGUUGA